AUGUCUGCCAUUAACACAUCAACACCCAUCAACCCUGUCAAUGGGGCGGGGACCAAGAAGAGAAAGGUCAUCUGCUUCUCCGAUUUCGAUGGCACUAUCUUUAUGCAAGACACCGGCCACGUCCUCUUCGACAGCCAUGGAUGUGGUGCUGAGCGACGCGAGGAACUCGACGAACAGAUAAAGACCGGCGAACGUUCAUUCCGCGAUGUAUCUGAAGAGAUGUGGGGUUCUCUACAUGUGCCGUUCGACGAUGGCUUUAAGGUCAUGGAGAAGACGCUCGAGAUCGACCCUGACUUCCAAAAGUUCCACCAAUACUGCAUCGGCAACGACAUACCUUUCAACGUCAUCUCAGCCGGUCUGAAGCCCGUCCUUCGAAAGGUUCUCGACACUUUCCUUGGUGAAGAGGAGUCCGCCCGCAUCAACAUUGUCGCCAACGACGCCGAGAUCGCCGAAGACGGAUCACAGUGGAAGCCCAUCUGGCGACAUGACACUGAGCUGGGCCACGACAAGGCACUGUCGGUGCAAGAGGCACGUAAGCAGGCCGAGUUGUUAUGCGACAACGGCACCAUUCCCCUCAUCGUUUUCAUUGGCGACGGCGUGUCGGAUCUUCCCGCCGCACGAGAAGCCGAUGUUCUAUUCGCCCGCCGUGGCCUGCGACUCGAGGAGUACUGCAUCGAGCACAGCAUCGCUUAUACACCCUUCGACACAUUCGCGGACAUCCAGCGCGAGAUCGAGCGCAUCCGCCAGGAAGACGAGGAGAAGACUGCUGGCAAAGGUCUUCCAGCGCGCUUCAACCCACGCGCCAACCUCUGGCGGCGCGUCUCAAGCCAGAACAAGAUCCCGCGUUAUACCCCAUCCGCCGCACCAGCUGUUGCAUCUACCGUUACACCUGCGCAGGCCUGA